AUGGCUGGACCAUAUCCUUCGCGGUAUUGGACGCUUGGGUCGGAUCCAACAUCUCGUGUCGAUAUACCAAUCACUGGUGUCUUCACUUUACUCUUCCUCGCUGGUGCCGUGACACACUUCACAAUUUUCCAAGUCAACUUGCGUCGACAGCAUCGAUUUUUUCUUUCCAUCUUCUGUAUCGGAUACUCCAUGUCCCGAGUGAUUGCAUGUGUUCUACGUAUAGUCACAACUACCAAGCCAGAGAACUUGAAUGUUACUGUGGCUUAUACUAUCUUUCUGAAUGUUGGAGUGGUCUUCAUGUACCUGCUCAAUCUUGUUCUCUGCCGACGCAUCCUUCGAUCAAAUUACCCAGCAAUCGGAAAUCAUCCCAUCUCCUCUAUGAUAUUCUGGGGCCUCUGCAUUUUGAUAAUUUUGACUAUUAUCAUGAUUUUGACGGUUAUUAUCCAAAGCUUCUUUACUUUGAAUCUCCACACUCACCUCAUCGACCGGGAUAUUCAACUAUAUGCUCUGACAUUUUUUGCGGUGAUAUCGUCUUUACCACUCCCAGUUGCCUUCCUGGCAUUAAUAUCACCGGAUGUGUCAGGCGAGAAAAAAGUCUUUCGAAAUGGAAAUCCCCGCUCCAGAGCCGCUCUCUUGCUAGUUGUCGCCUUUUUUGUUUGCCUAGGUGCCACAUAUCGCUGCGCGACAACAUAG